CGUUUACAAAUUUUUUUAAAUUUAUUUUCAAUAAAGUAAACAAAAAAAUUAUCGAGAAAUUUAAUUUUUGAAUUUUUAAGUUUGCGAGAAUUUGAGACCUCAAAAAUGGUUCAAAGCGAAGGUGAACCGAUUCUAGCAACUGCUGGAUAUGAUCAUACAAUCAAAAUUUGGGCACCAUACUCUGGCACGACAGUAAAAACUUUACAGCAUUCUGAUUCUCAGGUCAAUGCCUUAGCCAUCAAAAAUUACCUUGCAGCUGGUGGAUUUCAAUCAAUUCGUCUUUACGAUCUUAAUGCCAGUACAAAUCCACUCAUAAAUUUCGAAGGAGUUAGCAAAAAUGUUACAGCUGUUGGAUUCCAGGAAGACAAUCGUUUCAUGUACACUGGUUCUGAAGAUAGUCGUGUUCGUAUCUGGGACUUGAAUUGUCCACAGCCUGUCUGUAAGAGAAUGUUUGAUUGUCUCAAUCCAGUCACGUCAGUUUGUCUGCAUCCAAAUCAAGUUGAAGUUGCAAUCAGCACGAGCAUUGGAGGCAUUUACAUAUGGGAUAUAAAAACUGAUCAUAAUGAGCAGCUAAUGCCCGAGUCGAAUUGUUCAUUAAGUUCCAUAGAUAUUAGUCCGAAUGGAAAGUAUAUGGCAGCAAUAAAUAACAAAGGAUCAACAUUUAUAUGGGAUUUAUAUGCGGACGAAAAAAAAUAUACAAAAACACUUGCUAGAUUAAGAUUUGUGUCACAACAGCGAUAUGGACUAAAAUGCAAGUUCUCUCCAGAUUCAACGCUUUUGGUUGCAACAGGCGGUGAUGGAACUGCUCGACUUUAUAAAUGUGAAGAUGACUUUAAACUUUAUAGAGAACUGAAAAUUGACAAAUUUUGGAUGUGGGAUGUGGCAUUUAGUAACGACAGUAAAUAUCUUUUUGUAGCUAGCAGUGACGGAACUGCGAGACUAUGGAAAAUUGAGACAAAAAAUAUUGAGAGAGAAUAUUUAGGGCAUUCAAAGGCACUUACAGCAAUCGCUUUUCGUGAUGAAUUUAUUAAGCCUAGUAAUUGAAGGAAAUCCAGGAGUUCAAAUGUUGAUUCUAUUCUUAGUCAACAAAUAAUGCUUUUAAAAAUUUAAUGUAUCAAAAUAUCUAUAAAUUAAAAUAUUAAUAAAGAUUAUUAAAAAG